GGGUCACGUGGACGUCCGGAAACCCUGGCCGCCGCGCCAGGAGUGCGCUGGCGGCGGAGGCGGCCGGCAGCGGAGCCAAGCUGAAUCCGCGAACCGAGCCGGGGCUGGAGAGCGGCAACCACUGCGGAUCUCGGAAAGAAGAAAUGAUGUAAAUCACUCACUAUCCAAACUUUAAGGUCAAAGGUGAGAAGGAAGGUCAGGAAGAACAUGGCCUGGCCAAAUGUUUUUCAAAGAGGGUCUCUGCUGUCCCGAUUCAGCCAUCAUCACGUUGUAGUGUUCCUGCUCACCUUCUUCAGUUAUUCAUUGCUCCAUGCUUCACGAAAAACAUUUAGCAAUGUCAAAGUCAGUAUCUCUGAGCAGUGGACCCCAAGUGCUUUUAACACGUCAGUUGAGCUGCCUGUGGAGAUCUGGAGCAGCAACCAUUUGUUCCCCAGUGCAGAGAAAGCGACUCUUUUCCUCGGAACACUGGAUACCAUUUUCCUCUUCUCCUAUGCUGUGGGCCUUUUCAUCAGUGGCAUCGUUGGGGAUCGGUUGAAUUUGCGGUGGGUUCUGUCUUUCGGCAUGUGCUCUUCUGCGUUCGUGGUGUUUGUCUUUGGCACGCUCACAGAAUGGCUGCGUUUCUACAACAAAUGGCUGUACUGCUGCCUGUGGAUUGUGAACGGCCUGCUGCAGUCCACCGGUUGGCCCUGUGUGGUUGCUAUUAUGGGCAACUGGUUUGGGAAAGCCGGACGAGGAGUUGUUUUUGGUCUCUGGAGUGCCUGUGCUUCUGUGGGCAACAUUUUGGGAGCGUGCCUAGCUUCUUCUGUUCUUCAGUAUGGUUAUGAGUAUGCCUUUCUGGUGACGGCGUCUGUGCAGUUUGCCGGUGGGAUCGUUAUCUUCUUUGGACUCCUGGUGUCACCAGAAGAAAUUGGUCUCUCAGGGAUUGAGGCAGAAGAAAACUUUGAAGAAGACUCACACAGGCCAUUAAUUAAUGGUGGUGAAAAUGAAGAGGAGUAUGAGCCGAAUUAUUCAAUCCAAGACGAUAGUUCUGUCGCCCAAGUCAAGGCAAUAAGCUUCUACCAGGCGUGUUGCCUUCCUGGAGUCAUACCGUACUCACUGGCCUACUCCUGCUUGAAGUUAGUGAAUUACUCCUUCUUCUUCUGGCUCCCCUUUUAUCUGAGUAACAACUUCGGCUGGAAGGAGGCGGAAGCCGACAAGCUGUCCAUUUGGUACGACGUUGGAGGGAUCGUAGCUGGAAGUAUCAACCAGGAAGUAAUAAGUAUGAACAAGGAAAUAAGACAGAGGAGCAGAAUGUACUUUAGUGGAACUUUGCAAGGCUUCAUCUCUGACGUACUACAGAAGAGAGCGCCGGUUCUUGCCCUGAGUCUGCUUCUGGCAGUUGGGUCCCUUGUCGGGUAUAGUCGUUCUCCGAACGAUAAGGCCAUCAAUGCCCUUCUGAUGACUGUUACAGGAUUUUUUAUUGGUGGACCUUCUAAUAUGAUUAGUUCUGCUAUUUCCGCGGACUUGGGUCGCCAGGAGCUCAUCCAAGGGAGCAGUGAGGCCUUGGCCACUGUCACAGGAAUUGUUGAUGGUUCGGGGAGCAUUGGAGCUGCCGUGGGCCAGUAUUUAGUGUCUCUGAUCCGGGACAAGCUAGGAUGGAUGUGGGUUUUCUACUUUUUCAUUCUCAUGACAAGUUGUACAAUUGUGUUUAUCUCGCCAUUAAUAGUGAGGGAAAUAUUCUCUCUCGUGCGAAGGAGACGGGCUCACAUACUGAGGGAGUGACUGGUGCCUGCGAGACAGACAGAACAACGUCAGCCACAUCAGGACUGUUGGGGCUUUGAAUCUGCCCUAAUUUGGGUUUGUCUAGGAGCGCCAGCCUGACCUUGGAUUGUCAGGCCUCUCUCAACACUGCCAGCCACCGGAGAUGCUGACCAGCGGUGAAGGCUGCGCGCGUUUUCUACACUACAGGAAUUCUUGUUGAUGAUUUUUGUUGUUUCAUGAAUGUGCCGAGUGACCUCUGACUCUGCCAGCAUCUUUGUGUGGCCUGUUGAGGUUUAGCAUUUUAACCUUAACUGUUGUUUUGGACUUGAACUUUCUCUAGCCCCAAAAAUGGAGUGAGUGGGAGGCACAGCCACCCGUGGUUUGUGUUGGUGAUGUGUUCCACAAAUGGAAGAGAUCAUUGCAUUUUGCUUUGGUAAUGAGUUUAUAGAGAGUGGCUCAUCUUUGAAGCAUCAAAUCCCGACCAAAUGCUCCAGCUGGACCGAGCUGCCAGCCUGCCUCGGACAAAGAAUCCCUCUGUUCACUGUGGUGGGAAGGAUCACGCUACAUGCCCGUUGAUUGGCUCA